AUGGAUCUUCGUUGUCAACAGCAAAUUACUUUUUUACUUCUUGUACUAGAAACUUUCACAGCAAAUAAAAAACAUCAAGAAACCCAAAAAAAAAUAAUUGAUACUUAUUAUCUUCUUACCUACACUUAUAUAAUAACCAAUACAACUAUUCCAAUUGCACUUUCAUUACCUAAUAUAAGAGCACAACAUCAACAAAAACUUAAAACUGGAGGAUUCUGGGUUGAUGUUUUUUCAAACUUGACUGAUAAUGAUAGUUAUAAUUCUUUUCAUUGUGAAGCUUUGAAUGCAAUACCCGCUUGGAAACAAAUUGCAAUUGUACUAUGGCAAUUUGCUAAUGGGACAGGGAUAAGAACAUUAGAACAAACACUUGGCAUAAGUCAAGGAUCGGUAUGUCAUUUUACGGAUUGA